AUGCGACCACACCUCUCGCUCAGCGCCACCCUCAUCCUCUUCGUCCUCUCCUCCUCGCCCUCAUUCACCAAUGCCCAAUCCGCGAUAACUACCCUCUACGGAGGCCAAUCCGUCUUCAUCGAGGGCAAGGGCCUCUACAUACACGGCGGAACCGUCAGCGACACAUCCAACACGGUCAAGAACUCCAGCUCUGGACAGACCUUUGUCAUCGACCUCAACAACACCUGGUCCAUCAAGAACCCCAAUAUCCGCCCCCUACCUACCUUGUACCCCUCUGGCGGAACUGGAACUGCAUUGUUCAACAACAAGAAUUCCUGGUUCUUGAAGGGUACCAAUGCAGUCCAUAUCUUUGACAUGGAAUCCGAGACCUGGGCUCUGGAGAAGGUUGAUAAUAACAUUAACCCUUAUCCGUCGCUGGCUGCUGUCGCGGUGCCGAUGGACAAUGAUUAUGUCUAUCUUAUCAAUGGGUACAAGGACGCGAACGCGACGAACAGCACUGCGGUCAUGAUGCGGUAUAACGUCCAGGCCGAUUUGGUCGAGCCCAUGCAUCUCGCUAUGCCCGUCGCGACCGACCAUGUCAGUAUCUGGAGCACGCUGAAGGGGUCUGCAUUCAUUUAUGGAGGUGCUGACUAUGUCGACCAGUCGCUCGUCGAGUUCUUCCCGGGCAACCCUAAAGACAUCACGUCUGUCAAGCGCGCCAUCAUUGGUGACAUUCCUGCAGGGCGGUUCGGACACUGCAUGGUCGAGGCUUAUGGGGGUGCCCAGAUUUAUGUCUUUGGAGGCAAUACCAUUCAAGGGACCACCUCAGAUAUCUACAGGAUCGAUGCGCACACGAUGAGAUGGACCCGACUCGGGGCAGGACCGACAUACACCGCCAGGGCGUUUGCAGCCUGUGCCGUCACCAAUGACAUGUUUGUUGCCUGGGGAGGAGCCACAUGGGACCCGACCAACAAGCGGUACACGGUUGUCGCGACACCCAUGGUCGUUUACAACAUGAGGACAGGAGAAUGGCCCUCGACCUUUGACCCAACCCCUGCAGCCAACUCGACUCCACCAACAGACAUUCCCCCCUCUCACGAAGGCGACCCGGCACCACGCCUGAUCCCCUUGGGCGGCAUUCUCGCAGGAGUCGCAGGGAUUCUGUUGUUGGCCGGCGUUGGUGUUGGAGUCUGCUACUGUCGUCAGAAGCGACAGACCCGUCGUGGAUUGCCGUUCAUGAAGGUCGGUGGUCAUGAAGGCGGUGAUGAUGACGAUGGUAAAGACUUUAAAGGAGGCAAGAAUGAAUUCUCGUCUUCGUCUCCUCCAUCUUCCUACAAGAUGAACCACCUCCAAGGCAACGACAACGGCAACACCGGUGAUUUGGACCAGCAACAGCAAUACCACCAGCAACAUCCAUACCAGGAACAACAACACCACUACCAGCAGGAGCCCCUUCUGGACCCCUUUGCCGAUUCCACGCAUGGUCACGGCCAUUUCGAUCUGAGCAAAGGAGGCGGGUAUGAAGCGUCGCCCUCUGUAGGAUACCAACAACCAGGCGGGAACCCGUUCGCAUCGGUGCACGAUGCGUCGGUGAAGGUGGAUGUGGAGGAUUAUUCUAGACCUGGACUUGGAGCUGGUGGACGAGUUCCUGGUUAUGGAGGCAGGUAUACUGAUGGUGCUUCUGGAGGACGGAGCCCUUACUCGCAAUAG